CGGACAAUGUAACAAUUGGCACAUCUUUCACAAAACAUGACCCAACUAUGCCGGCCAUCGACGCACACAAAGGCAAAGGUCGCAGCACGCCCCGCUCCCAAAGUGGAUGCUCCAACUGCCGGCGCAGCAAAGUAAAAUGCGACGAGAAACAGCCAGUCUGCACGCGUUGCUUACGGAAAGACCUGCACUGUAGUCGAAACCCCCUCACUUUGAAGUGGGAAGCCGAGUACCAUGCUCGAGGUCUCGCAUUUGGCCGUACGGGCGUUUGGAGAAAACAUUCCUCGACCAAGGAGGCUAGAAGAUGUACUGCUGGUCAGACUAGCCUUGCAACUCCUAGCAUCAGUCAGUGGAGCUUCCUUAACACAGAUAGCUCAACUCUACAGCAUCUGCUGGAUCAGGGUGCUGCUGGCUCGGAAGUUGUGCUCAUGCCUGCCAGGAAUGUCAAGGUAUUUAGAAGCACCCCGAGUAUCAGACCCGCGCCAUCGGUCUCACCCAUCGUGAGCAAUCUGGAGCAAGGCUUCUUUUUCGACUACUACAUCAACCAGAUCUGCCCACGUACCAACCCCAGCCAGGUCUCUCAGUCACCAUUUUCAUCUGUGAUUCUCCCCUACUGCAUCUCCGGGCCCCCGGCCGUGAUCAAGGCUCUAAUGGCUUUAGCUGCCUGUCACUGGGCCCAACAAGAUUCCCGCUACGCCGUCCACGCCCUGAGGCUCAAAGCCCAAGUAGUGGCUGACUUUCGACGUCGCAUCGCGAGCGACAACCAAGCCUUUCUCCUAUCCCCCGACCCCGAAGUUCUCGUCCUGAUCAUGCUCCUCUGUCUCUACGAGAUCGUAGACCACUGCGACCGACGAUGGAUCGUCCACCUCCAAGGCGCAAAGGACAUCAUUCUUCUGCGGCGCCAGCAGCUACCCCAAACCACAGACCCGAACCCAGUCUCCGAGUUUGUCGAGUUGUUUUUUGCCUUUCAGGACGUGAUGGGCCGCACGGCCUGUGCCAAGGCGGACCUUUUUGGAUCCAGCUACUGGCCCGAAGACGACUCCACCAUCAACGACUGGAUGGGCUGCAGUCCGAGCCUGGUGUCCAUUCUAUUCGCAACCAUGGACCUGAGUCGCAACCGACGAAAUGUGGUGUCCACAUCCGAGGAACUGACCUUUUGCGCCCGGGCCUCGAACCUCCAGCGUCGACUGGACAACCUGAUCCAGAGGCCUGCGGUCGGCCGAGAAGAUGAGAUUCUUUGCAUAGUGGCCGAAUGCAAGAAGCUCAGUUGCCAAAUAUACAUCCAGUGCGCGUUACAUGGGGCAGAUCCCUCCACACCGUCGAUCAAAGCCACAGUGAAGAAGAUCCUCAAAGGACUGUCGAGCCUCGUUGCGAAAGGAGGUGCCAGCCACGCAAUGUGGCCGCUAUUUGUCGCAGCCGUGGAGUUGGACCCGCUCGACGAUGUUAUUCUUCCUGACUUGUACACUGGCAUUGAUACACAUGGCCGUAGAGUCGUUUUACAGCUACUCACGGAGAUGGCCAAGACCAGUGUCUCCAGCAUUUCUCGCACGCGGGCGGUGAUUGAAGGGGUCUGGGAACGUCGGGAUUUUUAUUUGCACGGUACGAACGGGGGGAGGAAGAGUGGCUUGAAUGACUGGGAGCAGUAUGUUGUCCCGGGGAGUGAUGCGUUGAGCUUAGUGUGAGGGUCAUACUUCUAUACUUUAUGCAAGCGAACAUGCUUAGAAUUGGUCGCAAUAGGAUAGAGCAUUAUACAUAAUUCCAG